GAACAGACACAACCUGGCAACCCGGGCUGCCGGUCUGAUCAGCGGUUACUGAGGAGAAGAUGGUGGACUUGGCGACAGCAACGUGCUCAAAACUCCGUCCUAAACACUUUGAAAAAUACUUAUCCUCUCAACCUGGUAUCAGAUAUAGAUUACCCGGGGACAAUCAUAGAUAAUACACUCUGAAACAUCCUCGCGCCGGGUGACUUUUUCUCCCGUCACCGAGCAACAACUCUGCAAGUCCAAGACGGAAGGAGAGUUACGGAACGCGUCUGCAAAAAAAGAGGCUAGCUAACGUGAGCUAAAGUGUAAACAAAAGUGUGAAGAGUGCUGAGUUUUGGGGAGGUUUUGAACCCAGCGGUGGAGACGGACCUCGGAGAGCACCCUGCCGUCUGCCGGUGCCUUCACAGCAGCUGUCAAAUCCGUGAAGUCGCGGUUUGACUGAUAGUGGGCUAGCUAGCUUGCUAACAGCUAGCUUUGUUGUUGCUUGGGAACAAACCAGUGCUCGACAUGCCACGGAGUAAAAAGGGGAAACGUGGCUCCAGUAAGCCGGGAGGCAAAAAUGGGGUGAAGGGUGAGUCAGGUGCCAGUGAUGAAGACCUGGCGUCUGAUAUUCUCAGCCAUUACAGCAGUGCCAGCGAGAGUGCCUCUGUCCUGGAGGAGGGCACAGGAGUGGAGCUGGUGGACGAGCAAACGGCCCAGGAGGAGACAGAAGACAAACUCAAACAGUGUAUCGACAACUUGAUGGACAAGAGUGCUAAGACUCGCCUGGCGGCACUCGAGUCGUUGCGGCAGGCCUUUUCCUCCAGAGUGCUGUACGACUUCCUGAUCGAGAGACGUCUCACCAUCAGCGACUGCCUGGAGAGGAGUCUUAAAAAAGGUGGAGGGGAGGAGCAGGCAGCAGCGGCCACGGUCUUCGCCCUGCUGUGCGUCCAGCUGGGAGGUGGAGACGAGGGCGAGGAGGGCUUCAAGAUGCUCCGCCCGAUCCUCAGCACCAUCCUGAUUGACAGCGGCGCCAGCAUAUCAGCACGCCAGAGCUGUGCCAGAGCUCUGGGGAUGUGCUGUUACGUUUCUGCAGCUGAAGACGGAGAGGACCUGGUUAAGUCGAUGACCCACCUGGAGAGCGUGUUCAUGUCUUCCUACCCCAACAGAGAGGGAGUGCUGCCCACACCUAAACCUGGCAGCCCGGGGCUCUACAGCGCCGCCCUGCAGGCCUGGGCACUGCUCGUCACUCUCUGUCCUGCAUCCAGACUCUCAGUGCUGCUAGACCUUCACCUUCCCAAACUGCAGGCCUGUCUGGAGAGCAGCGAUGUGAACUACAGGAUCGCAGUGGGAGAGACCAUCGCCCUGCUGGUGGAGCUGGGACGCGACAUAGACACUGACUUUGAGGUGGAGGACAGUGACAGCCUGUGCGAGUGUCUGAAGAGUUUGGCCACAGAUGGCAACAAACACCGAGCCAAGAACGACCGGAGGAAACAGCGCUCCAUCUUCAGAGAGGUGCUGCACUACAUCGAGAACGAGGACUUCACGGAGGAGAAGAUCAGGUUCGGAGUUGAGGGCGUUUACAUCGACAGCUGGAUGAGGAGGAGAGUGUACGAUGCCUUCAAGGAGAUUCUGGAGUCUGGAGUCAGACACCAUCUACAGUUCAACCCACUGCUGAGAGACAUCUUCGGCCUCGGCCCUCCUCUCAUCCUGGACGCUGCUGUCAAAGCCAGCAAGAUCUCCCGCUUUGAGAAGCAUCUAUUCAACUCAGCUGCCUUCAAGGCCAGGACUAAACUAAGGAACAAAGUCAGGGACAAGCGAGCCGACGUCAUGUGAAGAGAGGACGGAGGCAGCGGAGGAGCGAGUGGUGAGAGAGAGGAAGGACUGAAUGAACGAAUAAACGAGUCUCUCCUUGAGGCCUGACUUGGCACACAGGAGACGGGCUCAGAAAGCUGCCUUCAACCCCCUUACUCCCUCAGCUGUUACACACACACACACACACAACACUUAACAGAUCCUUUUUAAACAGGGCUUUUUCAUCCCUGCUCAUCCCUGCUCUUUUUUAUUUUAUUUUAUUUUUAUUAAUUCUAAGAGGUAAAGAACAUGAGGAGUCAGAGGGUCUGCCAUCUCUCUUGCAUUGUCUGUCUGCGACCAAUAUGCAGCCGCCAUUUUGUGUCCCUCCCGGCAAAUACGCCCUUUGAUUUCGGGGACACAAAAUGGACUGAACCGCUGGGAUAUAAAGACGGCUGGGGCCUGGGCAUCACCGCCGGCUUUUCUGACACUGCUUCUCAUACUUGACAAUGGAUACCGAUUCUCCGACAGUUCUUUCUAAUCAGAACGUGCUCAGUCACUUGUAGAGAUAAAGCUACACAGAAGGAAAUGCAUCAACACGUCUGAUUGUAAGAAUCCACCAUUUUGAAGUUUUACAAUACCUUUCUAUACCUUUGAUGCCUUCCAGUAGGUUCUCUUACCAAAACCUUUAUGGUGCUGCUAGGUGUCGUUUUUGUUGGUGCCCAGGCCCAGCUGUUAGCCAGCGGGUUGUUUUGUCCAGUUUGUUGGAAAAAUGUCAAACAGAUCGGUCAGGUCUCCCUGCAGAGACGCUCCAUCUGCAUUUCUGACUUUAUAGCUGCCACAUGAGCCCGCUUUCCACAGCAGAGCCAAGCGAGAUUAAUUCAGUCCGAGGUUCUCUCUAAAGCCUCAUGUUAUGGGAUCAGUUGAAACAAAAUACACAAAAAAAACUAAUUUAGGAAACUGCAGAAGCACUAUGGAAGGAAAUGGACGUGUUUGGACCGAUAGUUUUGUCCAAGUACUGUAAAUAAAUAAGCUGUGGAUAAACCUGCUUGGGCCUGGAGUGGAAACCGGGCUCGCAGUUCCUCCUGACUUCCUCGGUCUUUCUUCUUCUCUUCAGACGCAGAGUGGCGACCUCAGCUGCCAAACAUGAACUGACUUUGGAAACAAUGCAAGUUACAAAAAAAAAAAAAAGAAGUGUGUGGUGUUUGCUUGAGUGUGUGUUUUAUUUCUGAUUUUUAUUUAACACCAUGAAAUAAAACACUAUUUAAAACAACGACAGAAACAAGAAGAUGCCUGAUUUAAAAA